AGGGAAAAGCCCUUCAGGUGCUUGGAAUGUGGGAAGAGCUUCAGGAAGAGCCCCGACCUGCUCCGACACCAGCACAUCCACACUGGGGAACGUCCCUACAGGUGUGGGGAAUGUGGGAAGAGCUUCAGGACCAACUCCACCCUGAUCCAGCACCGUCGCAUCCACACUGGGGAACGGCCCUAUUCGUGUGGCGAAUGUGGGAAGAGCUUCAGGCAGAGCUCCCACCUGGUCCAACACCAGCAAAUCCACACUGGGAAACGGCCCUACACGUACAGGGAAUGUGGAAAAAGCUUCAGUAACAGCUCCAACCUUCUCACCCACCAGCACAUCCACAGUGGAGAACAGCUCUACAUAUGUGGGGAAUGUGGGAAGAGCUUCAACCGAAACUCCAAGCUGAUCCGACACCAGCGCAUCCACACUGGGGAACGUCCCUACACGUGUGGGGAAUGUGGGAAGAGCUUCAGUCACAGCUCCACCCUCCGCACCCACCAGUACAUACACACUGGGGAACGUCCCUACACGUGUGGAGAAUGUGGGAAGAGCUUCAGGUACAGCUCCACCCUCCGCACCCACCAGCGCAUCCACACUGGGGAACGGCCCUACACGUGUGUGGAAUGUGGCGAGGGCUUCAACAAAAGCUCCAAGCUGAUCCGACACCAGCACAUCCACACUGGGGAACGUCCCUACACGUGUGGGGAAUGUGGGAAGAGCUUCAGGGACAGCUCCACCCUCCGCACCCACCAGUACCUACACACUGGGGAACGGCCCUAUACAUGCGGGCAAUGUGGGAAGAGCUUCACGAAGAGCUCCCACCUCCUCAUCCAUCAGCGUAUCCACACUGGGGAACGGCCCUACAAGUGCUUGGAAUGUGGGAAGACGUUUCAGCAAAGCGCACAU